AUGCUCUUGCCAUCGUGUUUCUUCCCUGGGCUGGCUCUUUGCAUUUCUCUAGCUGAAGCGACGGGUCUGGACCCGAUUGGGAACCUUUGCAGUCGAUGGUAUCACCAGAGCCAGGUCAAGAACGGUGUCUUGUACAUUGAUGGUGGUAUCCAGACCUUCUCCGAUCGAGAACCCUUCGAUAAUCCCGCAGCACACGAUGACCGACUAAACUACUCGGGGCUGGUGAUAUUGGGCCAGAGAGACAACUAUGUCAUCGCGGUGGACUUGAGCAAGUCAUGGAACUGGAAGACGAACAUCAGCGAAGUCCUAAUAAACAAGACCGUCGCCCUGGGGACAUCAAAUUCCAUACCGAAAGUACAGUCCGGGGCCCUAUUCCACGGCACACCCGACGAUGACCAGGUCUAUCUUUACGGUGGCGUCACACCCGACGUGAAUACCUCUUUCGCGGAUUGGCAAGCCCCGACGACGAACCAAUACACAUUAUGGGGUUUCAAUACGAAAUCGCAUGAGUGGACUCAAUACGAUGUUGUGCUGGGGGCUCCCGAGCGGCCGAGCUGGGGCGCCUCGGCCGAAGCACCGGAACAAGGCCUGGCUUUCUAUCUCAAUGGUCAGGUCACCAAUUUGUCAUCGGCAGCUGACAAGCAGGGAAACGCGCUGCCGGACAACCUGGGGGGCAUGGUGGUCCUUGAUCUUGUAAACCACGAAGCUACGAAUACCUCAACCGAUUCCGUCGACGACGGCAACCCGAGGGUUCGAGGAGGCAUGGUCUAUAUACCCCAGAUCGGGAAUAUGGGAGUACUCGUAUCUUUGGGCGGAGCAACAGGGAUGGAUGCGUCCCUCAGACCAGUCAGCCUGAGUCAGGUCAACAUCUUCUACGUCGAGUCAUCCAGGCAAACAGAGUCGACAACUCCCAAUGACGGCUGGUACACGCAGAUGAUCACGGGGGAGGUGCCUUCACCCCGCGUGGACUUUUGCCUUGUGGUGGUCUCUGCCCCUGAUAACUCCAGCUUCAACAUUUACUUGUAUGGGGGCUGGGACCCUACGCAGACCAAGUACUUUGACGACAUCUGGGUUCUAAGCAUCCCGUCCUUUACCUGGACCAAGGUCUACGAAGGUACACUUCCACGCUUCGCUCAUACCUGCCACCUCGUCGGGAACCGCCAGAUGAUCACGGUCGGAGGCAUCAACAGCACCAACCUGACAGGAUCUGGCUGCGACUGGGAAUGGAUGGGUGUAGCCAUUCUAGACCUUAGUACCAUGGAGUGGGGCAGCAUCUUCGACAGCAACAAAACCCCAUAUCAGGUAUACGAAGGCAUCUCUGCAGUCAUAGGGGGCGGACCGGAUGGCGGCGCCACGAAGUUGUUGCCGGACGGGGGAUGGACGAGUACGCUCGUCGCCAACCUGUUCACAGGGACGACGAACAACACCGCUCCUUAUUCCCCUAAGUCUGGGGCCGAUGGAGUUACAGAUAAUUAUUUCCACAUACCUAGCAAGACUAACGUCGGAGCCAUUGUCGGAGGAGUAGUGGGCGGUGUCGCUCUCGUGGCUAUCGCUGGCGGGCAAUGCUGGUGGUUCAGCAGGCGCCGUCGCAUAGCCGCUUCGGCAGCGGCACCGACGUACCACCCCGAGCCCCCGGGCGAAGACAAGCACCAGAGUCCACUGGGGCAUCAACAGUCGCCUCACACCCAUUAUGAGGUCACUGGGAUCCCAGUGAACGAGCUAGCGGGAAACCGGGAGGCUUCGGAGCUGGAUGGUGGUCACCCGGGUUGGUAUGUUGAAGCACCGGAGCAGGGGGGCAGGACUGGACCGUGGCAUGCGAGGUGA